AUGGCAGAACAGGAGAAUUCCGAGAUCCAUGCCGAGACAACAACCAGCAUCCGCCCACCUGGUACCGAACUUCUCUACGACAACGCAAGCUAUCUACAAUAUGUCAAAGACAAACAAGUCAAUCAUAUCAUUCUCGUGCCCCAGCCUUCUACCAACGAUCCAAAUGAUCCACUCAGAUGGUCCAGGGCCAAAAAGUGGAUUGUCUUCCUGAAUGGCGUUUUCUACGCCUUUAUGGGAAGUGUUACUGGUCCGAUCAUGGCUGCGGGAACGAUACCGUUGACACAAAAGUUUGGUGUUUCUCUGCAGAAGCUUACUUAUGCGAAUGGCGCCACUUUGAUCUGUCAAGGUGUUGGAAAUAUAUUUUGGAUGCCUUUCGCUAUCAAAUUUGGCAGACGACCGGUGUAUUUGAUGUUCAAUCUAUUGAUGGGUGUAGCGUGUAUCUGGCUUGGCAUUGCAUCCAACGCUACAUACACGCCUUUUGUCAUCGGCCGGGCUUUUCUGGGGCUGUUUGAAGCACCCAUCGAAUCAAUAGUUCCAACCACUAUAACUGAUACGUUCUUCCUCCACGAACGCGGAGCCAUGGUUUCUAUUUACGGUCUUUCCGUUCUUAGUGGUAACGAACUUGGGCCUUUGUUCUCUGCCCUCAUCAUUCAGUACCUUAGUAUGGCAUGGGCAUUCUACAUCGUAGCUAUGUUCAUCGGUCUCAAUUGCCUCACCAUGUUCUUCUUCAUGACGGAAACAAAAUACACGAACCCGCAUUUCCCGACCUCCUUGGGAAUCACUGCGCAAGGUCAGCCGGAGGAAAAGAUCUGCGCUCAAAAAAUCGAGGAUAUACAUAGUAGCUUUUGCAAUGAGCCAGCAGCUCAGGCACAUGCUCUACAGAAGGAUAACUACCUCAAGGAACUUCGGCCAUUCCGAAAGGGUGAUCCUCAAAUAUCUCUGCUGAAGGUAUUCCUUCGACCUUUCGCGCUCUUAUGUUAUCCCACGGUGUUAUGGGCCUCUAUGAUAUACGGUGUGUCUCUUGGCUGGAAUGUCAUAAUCGGUUCCACCGUGGCCCAGCUCUUCGGAGGACCAUACGGGUUUGACUCCCAAGCACAGGGCCUGAUAUUUCUAUCUCCUUUUGCAGGGUCAAUCGUUGGCGCAUGGCUCUGUGGUUCUGUUUCUGACUCUUGGUCUAACUAUCUUACGCGCAAAAAUGAUGGUAUUCGCAAGCCCGAGAUGAGAUUGCCCGCCAUGUGUAUGGGAACAUCACUGUUGCUGUUUGGAUCCCUCAUCGCAGCCUUAACAUAUCACUUUCACGCGCAUUGGGCUGGGCCUGUUAUAGGCUUGGGUGUACUAACUGCGGGGGCUCAAAUCGGUGUUUCCCUGUCCAUGAGCUAUGCUCUGGACUGUCACAAAGAGUUAUCUGUCGAGUUGAUGGUGACAGUAGCAUCUCUCAAAUCUCUUAUGGCAUGGAUAUGGACGUGGGUCAUUAACGACUGGAUUGUAAGCAGUGGCAUGCUUACAGUUUAUAUGAUUAUUGCUGCUAUUAAUGUUGGUAUUCACUUAACGACAAUUGGUCUAUAUUUAAAAGUGCAAGUGUCGUGGCAGCAGAACAACUAUGGAACUGGAGCCGCAAUCGUUCUGGAGCCCCGAGAGGUCUGCAUCUUCGGUCGUUAUUGGGAACCCUUCGCUCUUUAG